AUUUGUAAGUUCAAGAGUCCAACUUUUCUCGCUCUUGCUCCUCCACAGCAAAAGCGGGUCUUCUCUCUCUAGAAAGCUUCUCCUUCCCCUUUAUAAAAAACCUACGCUGAUGGCUGGUCGUUACGAUAAAAAUCCUUUCGACGAGGAAGAAGAAGAAGUUAAUCCUUUCGCUGAUACAACAGCAAGAGGGAAGGCAUCUGGCCAGUCUAAAUUUGGAGGAGGUCUAUUUUCAACGAGCACUGCAAGCGUUCCACCUGCCUCAAACUCAAGACUUUCACCGCUACCUCCUGAACCUGCUGGUUUUAGUUAUGAGCGUGAGGCAACAGUUGAUAUUCCUCUUGAUACAGCUUCAGGAGGAUCACGUAAUCAGGAUUUAAAGAAGAAAGAAAAGGAACUCCAGGCCAAGGAGGCUGAACUGAGAAGGCGGGAACAGGAAGUGAGAAGGAAAGAAGAGGCAGUGGCAAGAGCUGGAGUUGUGCUGGAAGAGAAAAAUUGGCCACCAUUUUUUCCUAUCAUUCAUCAUGAUAUUGCCAAUGAAAUUCCAAUUCAUCUACAAAGAUUGCAGUAUGUUGCGUUUUCAACAUAUUUAGGAUUGGUUCUUUGCCUUCUAUGGAAUAUCAUAGCUGUUACUACAGCAUGGAUCAAAGGAGAAGGUGUUAGGAUCUGGUUCUUGGCUAUCAUCUUCUUCAUAGCAGGGGUACCAGGAGCCUAUGUAUUGUGGUAUCGUCCACUGUAUCGUGCUUUUAGGAAUGAGAGUGCUUUGAGGUUUGGAUGGUUCUUCCUGUUUUAUUUGCUUCACAUUGCCUUUUGCAUCUUUGCUGCGGUGGCACCCCCUAUAGUUUUUAGAGGGAAAUCACUCACCGGGAUCCUACCUGCAGUUGAUCUUGUUGGUGGCAAUGCUUUGGUUGGGAUCUUCUACUUCAUUGGUUUCGGAUUAUUCUGUCUUGAAUCAGUUGUAAGCAUCUGGGUUAUCCAGCAAGUAUACAUGUAUUUCCGUGGGAGUGGUAAAGCUGCUGAGCUGAAACGCGAAGCUGCAAGAGGAGCUAUGAGGGCUGCCUUGUAAUGGCACUGACAGACUAGCAGCAGUGAGAUAUACAGUAAACCUCGUGCUACUUCUGCUUAUAUGCUCUUUGUCUUGGAAAGAGUAAAAACUGAGCUUGUUAUUUGUCUAUCCUUGUUUUUGUUGCACAUAUCUUUUUAACUUGUUCUCAGAGCUACAAUCUGUAAAGUUUUUUUUUUUUUUCUUAUUGUGGAGUUUGAUUAGUGAACAACUUAACAUAAAUAUGAUUUUCAUGUAUGAAUUGAUAAAAUAUAUGGAUACAGAGUUGCCUCUUGUGAAGUA